CAUGAUGCUGCAGAAAUGAGCUCCACAAGCAACCAACUCAUGGCAUGCACUCUCACGCAUUGAUGCAAAUGCGAUGCGCCCCACCAUCACCAUGCAUGUGCACUCACACACCCACAAUAUAUUCUACAUAUAUAUGGAUCCACACCUACACUUGCAGCCAGCCAUACAUACACAGUAUACAUAUUAACACAGCGAAGCAAUAGUCUAGCUAGGACACUGUGAUAACACUCGCGUUGUUAGGAAAAGCGAGAAAUAGCUAGCUAGCCGGGAGCAGCGGUGGUGUUUGUGCCAAGAAGAGCUCAAGAAAUGGCGCAGUUGCCACCGAGGGCGCCGAGCGCGGGGGCGGCGGCGGGGGAGUUCCUCGGGUUCGCGGCGGCGAGGCGCGGCGCGCACCGCCGCUCGGCCAGCGAGUCGGCGGCGUUCCUCGAGGCCGUGCCCAUGGACGACGCCAUCGGCGGCGAGUUCGACCGGCUCGACGACGAGCAGCUCAUGUCCAUGUUCUCCGACGUCGACGCGCCGGCCGUCUCCGACGGCGCCGGUGGUGAGAGGGCCGGGGACGCGCACCUGAUGGACAUGGGGGACGCGGAGGACGGAAUGGCAGCCACGUCGCCGGCGGCAGCAGCUCAGGCGGCCGCGGACGGCGUCGCUGACCCCAAGAGGGUCAAGAGGAUAUUGGCAAACAGGCAGUCAGCUCAGAGGUCAAGAGUUAGGAAGCUGCAGUACAUCUCCGAGCUUGAACGCAGUGUCACCAGUCUCCAGAUGGAAGUGUCAGCACUGUCCCCUCGCGUGGCCUUCCUCGAUCACCAGCGGUCACUGCUAACCGUCGGCAACAGCCAUCUCAAGCAAAGAAUUGCCGCACUCGCCCAAGACAAGAUCUUCAAAGAUGCUCACCAAGAGGCACUCAAGAAGGAGAUUGAACGGCUACGCCAACUGUACCACCACCAGCAGAUCAAGGCCACCACCGGUGGAGCGGACAUCGCCACAGUCGCUUCCAUGCAGGCCAGGCAAGAGCUUCUCGCGUGCGAGGGCGCUGCCAUUCGAUAGCGGGAUACGAUCAGACGGGUCAACUUGUGGUGGUUUUUUUGGGCAAUUCAUGGUGUGGAAGACACACACCUGUUAGUAGUUUUGUGCAGUCUGAUGAUAUGUUUGUUCGUUUCUUGCUACUUAAUCUGUUUGUGAUGUUUGCUCACCCUGGCGACAAAAUUGUGCUGGGAUGGGGAAUUUGUUGUGGAUGUAUUGUUUGGACGGCCUUACAUUCGGUUGGUAAACAUAUUUUAAGGUGUUUGCUUUC